CUGUGUCGGCACGACAAGGUGAUACUUACAAAAAUUGUAUGUGUUUUGAAGAAAUAAAACGUAAUCAGUGUGAAGAGUGUUUAUUAUUCGUUUAAAGUUAAUAUUUCAGAAGUUUCGGAUAGAAUCUGCCCACCGUAAAACAAAAUGUCUGAUGAUCGUGAUGCAAGUACCCCUGAGAUAGUAGAUCAAACCACGAAGAGGAAGAGAGCGGGCUCAAGCUCAACCUCGCCUCUCAGGAAGAAGCGUCAGAAGCGUCAUCAUAGUCAGUCUAUAGGUCCGGGGAGACGAUCAAGAUCUAGAUCUAACAUAUCACGAGAUCGUAGAGGGACACGAAAAUACCGACGUCGUCGUUCGCGGACUGAACACCAUCGCGGGACUAGACGUGUAGGUAGAAGCCGCUCCCGUUCCGGACACAGAAGGCGAUCUCGAAGGACGCGAGUGCGGACACGGAGGACAUCUACUUCGACUAGCUGCUCUACGCGUUGCUCCGAGAGAGACUCGACUUCUUCGUCGACUGCCAGCAGUUCAACUUCAAGCGAUGGCACUCAUAGUUCUCGCUCUAGUACCAAACACCCAAAAACUAAGCGAAAUCGUAAGAGAAGUCCACGUUCUGGCUCGAACCGAGAUAAAGAUCAUACAGUAAUGGAUAAACUUAUAGAUGCUUUAGGUAAACAUGGUCGCAAUACUUACGUAGGCGCUCAUGAUGUUAUAAGUACUUUUGAUCCAAGCCAGAAGAUGCAGUCAACAAAAGCUUGGCUCAGAAAAGUUAACGAGACCGCGGAAAUCUAUAAAUGGAGUGAUAAACAAACAGUUUUCCAUGCGUUACCGAAGCUUGCCGGUUUAGCCCGUACAUGGUACGAAAGCUUGCCUUCAGUCAAUUUAAAAUGGAAAGAAUGGCAACGCAAACUGCUUCAAACCUUUCCAGAUAACUGUAACUACGCAGACAAACUAUCAGAGAUGCUGGCGCGACGCAGUCGUAGAGAGGAAACGUUAGAAGAAUACUUCUACGACAAGGCAAAGUUAGUCAGUCGCUGCAAUAUCAAGGGAAAAGACGCGGUUGACUGCAUAAUACACGGAAUCUUUGACACAAACAUCAAGCUUAAUGCUCAGGGAGCAAACUUCAAAAGUCCUAACAAGCUGCUAAGAUACUUGCGUAAUAUUACGAUGAAGUACCAAAAGGAGGUCAAAAGGACGCCGGCACCAUCCAAAAUACCCGCUGUUACAAGAAAUAAUGACAUGUCGAAGAAUAAUAACUUUAAUAACGCCACUCGAAUUUGUUACAAUUGUUCGGAACCAGGUCACACUGCUCCUAGGUGCCGCAAAGAGCCACAGAAGUGCACUAAGUGUAAUCGCAUCGGGCAUGUUGCCGAUCACUGCAAGCGUGAACCUAAUACGGACAUCAAUAAGACGGUUAGUACAGACGAAGUUUCUAGUCAGUCUACAAAAGUUCUACUUAUUACUGCUAAGCGCGAUAGAAUCCCACAACCAGCAGCAGACAGUGGCAGUACACUCCAGAAGAACGAGAUAUAUGUACAAGUGUCGGUGGAAAUCUAG